AUGGUUGAUCUUAUAGCGAGGGAUGACUCCGUAGAUACUUGCCAAGCUUCUAACGGCUACAAUGGGCACGCAGGUCUUAGAAUUCUGGCAGUAUUCAUUAUACUGAUAUCGUCAGGAUUGGGAGUUUAUUUCCCAAUUUUGUCAUCACGGUAUUCGUUUAUAAGGCUACCAAAUUGGUGCUUUUUCAUAGCGAAGUUCUUCGGUUCUGGUGUCAUUGUUGCCACAGCGUUCGUUCAUCUUCUACAGCCCGCAGCCGAAGCUCUGGGAGAUGAAUGUCUUGGUGGCACAUUUGCCGAAUAUCCAUGGGCUUUUGGGAUCUGUUUAAUGUCGCUUUUCUUACUUUUCUUCACUGAAAUCAUCACGCAUUAUUUUGUAGCGAAAACGCUGGGACACGAUCAUGGGGACCAUGGGGAAGUUACCAGUAUUGAUGUUGAUGCUCCCAGUUCGGGAUUUGUCAUCAGAAAUAUGGACUCGGAUCCUGUAUCUUUCAAUAACGAAGCUGCCUACUCCAUCCAUAAUGACAAAACUCCGUACACUACUAGAAAUGAAGAGAUUGUCGCUACUCCUAUAAAGGAAAAAGAACCCGGCUCAAAUGUUACUAAUUAUGAUCUGGAACCGGGAAAAACAGAGUCACUAGCUAAUGAACUAGUUCCAACCAGUUCCCAUGCGACAAAUCUCGCUUCUGUACCUGGAAAAGAUCAUUAUUCUCACGAAAAUGACCAUCAAGAUGUCUCCCAGUUGGCCACACGUAUCGAGGAGGAAGAUAAAGAGCAGUAUCUCAAUCAGAUACUAGCUGUUUUUAUUCUAGAAUUUGGCAUCAUCUUUCACUCUGUAUUUGUGGGUCUUUCGCUAUCUGUCGCGGGUGAAGAAUUCGAAACCUUAUUUAUCGUUUUAACUUUCCACCAAAUGUUCGAAGGUUUGGGUCUAGGCACAAGAGUUGCCGAAACGAAUUGGCCAGAAAGUAAGAAGUACAUGCCUUGGUUAAUGGGAUUAGCCUUCACUUUAACGUCACCCAUAGCAGUCGCGGUAGGUAUUGGUGUCAGACACUCUUGGAUACCUGGCUCUAGAAGAGCAUUAAUUGCUAAUGGUGUUUUUGACUCGAUAUCAUCAGGAAUUCUUAUUUAUACUGGACUAGUCGAAUUAAUGGCUCAUGAAUUCUUAUACUCUAAUCAAUUCAAAGGACCUGAUGGCCUCAAAAAAAUGCUUAGUGCAUAUCUCAUCAUGUGUUGUGGAGCUGCUUUAAUGGCUCUUCUAGGGAAAUGGGCAUAG